AUGGACACACUGGCAAUGAAGAGGGAAAGGAGCCUCCAAGGUAAGUCGCUCAAUUCGCAUUCGGCCAAGGCACACAAUUCAUCACAGGCCUGUAAAUCCGAUGCAGGCUGCGCUUCCGGCUUCUGCGGCUUUAACUCCGGUAAAUGUGCUGGACCGGUUGUUGCUCAGGAACGUGAUGGCGGAUGCGGCUUCGGCGACCCGACACCAAAUGCCAACGCAGCCAAUGCAUUGAUCGGUGGGGCGCCAAUGGCAACUUCACCUGCUUGCUGCUGCACCUGCAAUGGUAGUGCUGCAAACGGUUCUUCUGCAGCCAUCAACAACAACCUCCCAGGAGUCGCCAACGGAGACAAUGGAGUCGGAAAGCAAUUCAUCACUGGUCAGUGUUUGAACGAUGUCGACUGCGCCUCUGGCUGCUGCGGCUUGAACAGCGGACUUUGUGCUGGCGCGAUCAUUGCGUGGUGGUGGAUGUGGAUUCGUGACGCCUCUCCCAACGACAACGCUGCUCAAGCUCUCACAGGAAGUGGUGCAUCAGCUCCUGCUGCCACUGCUGCAGCAGGCGCAGGAUCAGACAACGGUUGCCGCUCCUGA